CCAAAAUCAAAAUCCUCUCAAUUGGAAAAAGAAAACACCGACACCAUGGUUACGAAAUCGAAAUUAAAGAUGGCCCUGGCGGCUGAGAAGCAAAUAGACUUUAAGAAGUUGAAGCUGAAGAAGGCGCAGAAGGCGGCGAGGAAGCAGAAAGCGAAAAAGGCUGGUGAGGGGAAGGAAGAGAAGAAGGUUGAGGGGGAGUGGGAGGAUGUAGAUGGCGGUAGUGAUAGCGAGGAUGAGAACGCUGAGGUAGAUGAGGAUGAAGAGGAGAGUGAGGCUGAAGGUCCUAAGAAGAUUGAUAUUGAAGGCAUCGACGAAAGCGACAGCGAUUCUUCGGCGGGUGAGAAUGACCAGGAACAAGAUGAUGAGGACGAUGAAGACGAAGAAGACAUCCCUAUGUCCGAUCUGGAAGAUCUAGACGAUGAAGAAAAGGAAGAUAUAAUCCCGCACCAGCGCCUGACAAUCAACAACACCGUCGCUCUCACCGCAGCACUGAAACGAAUUGCGCUCCCCAUCUCCAAACUUCCUUUCUCCGACCAUCAGUCCAUUACCACUUCCGAAAAAGUCUCCAUACCCGAUGUUUCGGACGAUCUGAAUCGCGAACUUGCUUUCUACUCACAAUCACUCUCCGCUGUCAAGGAGGCCCGCAAACUCUUGAAAGCAGAAGGCGUCCCCUUCACCAGACCCACAGACUACUUCGCAGAGAUGGUGAAAGCAGAUGAGCAUAUGGCAAAGAUCAAGGCGAAGCUGAUCAGCGAGGCGGCGAGUAAGAAAGCCAGCGCCGAGGCGCGGAAACAGCGAGACUUGAAGAAAUUCGGCAAGCAGGUCCAGGUUGCGAAACUGCAAGAGCGCGCCAAGGAGACAAAGCAGACGAUGGAGAAGAUUAAGGUCUUGAAGCGGAAGCGUCAAGGCGCCGAUACGGACGCUACAAAUGAAGCAGAUCUCUUCGACGUAGCUGUCGACGACGAGAUCAACAGCGCCAAACCGUCGAGAAAAGACCGCAUGGGUCCCAACAAAAGACAAAAGAAAGAUGCGAAGUACGGCUACGGAGGCAAGAAGCGCUUUGCGAAGAGCGGGGACGCGAUGUCGAGUGGUGAUCUGCGCGGCUUCUCAGCCAAGAAGAUGAAGGCGGGUGCGAAGCAGCGGCCGGGGAAGUCUAGGCGGGCGGGGGCAAAGAGAUGAGUGAUCAAGUCGUAAUCGUCGUCGUCGUAGUAGUAGCGAUAUAUCUAGUCUUCCUGUCUUGUCAAAAAAUUGGAGGGAGGGAUGGCGUUUUCACCUGGGAUCGGUGGGCAGCAUUUUACAUAUUUGCCCCUUCUGUUAUCGUGGUCGGUGCAUCAAAUGAAGGGUUGUAGAUAGAUGUACC